ACAAUGAAACAACUCAUAACAUCCAUGAAGCGUGAAGUGCUCGUUAUCUUCAUCUACGCCGUGUCUGUGCAUUGGACUUCAGCAGAAAAUCUACUCACAAACCAAGAACUUAUGAACAGCUACAUGUUUCCGACUCGUGUAACCGUAGCGGUUGGCGAAAGUGUUCAUCUGAAGAUUUUGGCGCCUAUGACCGAUGAUGACCGCUGUCUGUACCGAGAACCUGGUUCAGCGGAAGAUAUAGACAUACACGCCCCAGCUCGUUUCCAUCAGGAAACGCGAGUAGCACUGCAGAAUACUAGCAAAUAUUUCACCCCGCGAAAUGUGGAUGCCAACGAGUGCGGUAUCAAAGUUCUGAAAAUCUCACACCAAGACGCAGGUUUCUGGCGACUGACAAUGAUCCGUGGAGCAACUAUCGUCAUGAGAGGAAUAGCAAUGGUCAACGUGAUCGACAUUCCGACGGUACCGGAUCCUGGCGAUCGGGAUUCGAUCGCCGGUCUGGAGGAGAUAACUCCCGAUGGGACCGAUUAUUGCUACGUACUUAGGAAUACGGAAAGUCAAAAUUGGGACGUGCCGAUGUACGAAAGCUGUUCGUUGGCUGCAAAUGAGAUGGAUCCAACCGGUAGUGGACACUGGAAUGUGAUUGCCGGUGUACAAGGCUACAUGAGGGAGAUGCAUUUCGCUAUCAACAUAGAACAUAAAGAGGAACAAAUAGUAACGUCCAUCAACCGAGCCGCCGAUUUCGAGGUACUGAUGUGUCACCUUCGCUAUAGCCAGCACAUGAUCAAGUUUUGCCGGUUCAUCCGACUAGCGGAUAGCUUGGGGCUUAACGUGCUCGAAGGCGUUGGAUGGGAUCGAUAUCGGUACAACGGGAAUGGAUUCGCUGCCGGGGACUGUGGACUGGAAAUAGAGGAACCGGCCGCCAUCGAUAGGGGGCUCUGGAAGUGCGUGGUUGGAUAUGGUGACGACAAGGUGGUCAAGGUUUCCGGUGCCAUUAUGGAUAACAGCGAGAGUGAGGCUGGACUACAGAUAAUUGCGGUAGAGAAUGUGAAUGCUUUGAACGGUACCGAGAUGGCGUUGCAAUGCAACGCUAAUAAACCAUUGGACUACUGUUGGUUCAAAGAUCCAGCUGGUAUGAAUUACUCUGUUUCGGAAAGUUUGGUGCAAGAUGGUAAUACCUCCUACUGGUAUAGUGGAAUUUCCCUGGCGAUGGGUGACUGCGGAAUUAAGUUAACAAAUAUAACGAUGGAAAUGGCAGGACAAUGGAGUUGCCAUGUCGGUAGUAGUAAGUUUUCCGCUCUUGAGGUAUCAGAGUUCAUUAAUGUCAGGAUUAGUCAAUCUCAAAUGAUAGGAUCGGUAAGUUCGGUAGAAGCAACCUUGGAAACAGCACUGAUAUUGGAAUGUUCGUCAAUUCCCAAGAGCACCCCUCUUCAGUAUUGUAGAUUUGUGACACCUAGCGGUCAAGCCUUCAGCUUGGAUCAAAGUGUGACAUCCGAUAAAGCAAUCUUAGAUAAAUACUACUCUAAUCCAAACCAUGACCCUAAAAGUGGGUUCUGCUCGCUAGUUGUUAAAAGCAUAAGCACAUCCGAUUUGGGCCAAUGGAUAUGUGCUGGGAAAAUAGCAGGUCACACUAUGGAACACUACGCAACAAUAGAAGUUACAAGCGAGCAAAACUCGGAAACAACGGAACUCACCGUCGCUUCCAUCGUCGGAAUGGCUUUGGGUGGAGUGGCAAUCGUGGUGAUCGCUGUGGCAUUAGGCAUUUACAACUAUCGACGUAGAUUACAUAGACAGGCGACAGCUAUUAACCAGGAAAUAGAACUACAAGAGCGAAAUUUGGAAGCGAGAGCUCAGUCGGAGCAACGAUUCAGUAUAGCCAGCAGAUCCAGCGGUAAUAGUCAGGAAAGUCAAAGAAGUGAUAAUCAACUACGAGACACGUAAGAUAAUGAUACCGUUUCUAAUCAGCUCAUUCGUAUAGUUGAAUCUUUUAUUGACAACAAACUCAUGUAAGUUUUAAAAAGAAGUUUAAGAAAUACUUACAGCUUAAUACUAUUCUUCCGCAUUUGAAUAUUCCGGAAUAAACACAA